AUGGGUAAUAAUAGUAGUAGCUCUUAUAAAAAUAAUAAUAAUAAUAACAAUAACAAUAAUAAUAAUAAUAAUUCCAAUGGUAAUUUCAAUAGUUUUCAUACACCCAUGCAAUUGAAUGGGACAAAUUACACAAAUCCAAAAUGUAAAAGCAAAGAAGAGAUUUUAUCAGUCCUAAAUAAACAACCAUUCCCAAUAGCAGAAGAAAUAAAUGAUUUAAUUAUAUCAUUGAGACAAUCAUUCUAUGAAGGUCAUAUAGAUACUCGACAACUACUAUCAAGAUUAGAAUACAUUUUUUAUGCAUCUGAAGAUUUUGAAAAAGUAAAAUCAUAUUUUGUAUCAUUAUCAAAACCAGUUUGUUGUAGUAGAGUAUGGGGAUCAUCUUAUGAAAAUAAAGAUACAAAUAAAAAUUUAAAUUUUUUUUAUAGAUGUAAAACAUGUGCAUUAUCACCAAAUUCAAGUAUAUGUUUUGAAUGUUUUAAAGCAGGUCCACAUGAAAGAGAGAAACAUGAUUAUUCAAUGAGUUUUGCAUCCUAUGGUGGAUCAUGUGAUUGUGGAAGUUUGGAUUCUUGGAAGAGAAGUGGAUUUUGUUCGGAACAUGAACAUCCAGAAGUUGAUUAUUCACCAUCUGGUGAUAUGGAUAAAUUACAUUUACUCACUACUCAUUUAGUAUUACGUCAUAUCUUAUUAAUCUUUUUAAAUAUAACUUUUGAUCUUCAUUCAAAUAAUAGUAAUAGUAAUAAUAAUAAUAAUAAUAAUAAUAAUUUAACAUCAUUUACAACAAAUACUACCACAACAACAACUACAACUACAACAACAACCACUUCUACAUCUACGUCACCAACAAAGAAACAACAACAACAACAACAACAACAACAACAACAACAACAACAACAAAUAACAUUAAAUACAAUAGAAACAAAAGAAACAAUUUCAAUUAAAAUUUUAAAAUGGAUUAAUGAUAUUGCACAUGUUUCAAGAUCAAUAUCACAUGUAUUAUCAGAGGAAUUGUGUUAUCAAUCAUUGGAUCCGAUGUCAUUAGAUCCAAAUAAUAUUAAACCAUUGAUCUUUACAUGUAUGGAAUAUCAACUUGAAUUAAUUAAAAAUUUACAACAACAACAACAAGAAGAAGAAGGACAAGAAGAUGAAGAAAAAGAAAAAGAUUCAUUAAAAUUAACAAAUGAAGAAAUUGAAUUUUUAAAAUUUGAAUUUAAAUUACCAAAUGAAUUUUCACCACCAUUAAAAAGAAUAUUAUUUAUUGAACAAAAGACAAUUAGACAAGAGUAUAUGUUUAUAUUUUUAUUCCUAUUAUGUGAACAUACAUUCAAAUUUGGAUUUUCACAAUCGUAUUUAAAUGUUUACAAGAGUUUAUGUUACAAAGACACUGUGGAUAUAUUGUUUAGAUUCUCACCUCAAGUGUUUUCAGUUUGUUCAGUUAGUGAACAGUUUUCAAUUGGAAUGGAAUUUGGUUUUUUGGAUUGUAUAUUCGAAUCGUUGUUCUUUCAUUUACAAGCAUCCGAUAAGUUGGAUAAGAAUCAUAUUGCCAUCGUAUCCGAUUUAAAAACCAUUCUACAACAUAGGAAUAUAGCCCAUCAUAUGAUCUUUGAAAAGAGAAAGUAUUUGAAAUAUUAUAUCAAUUUGCUUCAAAUUAUUCAAUCCACAAGUAAUGAUAUCAAAAGUGGUGGUAUUGGUGGCGGUGGUGGCGAUGAGCUCAAUGAUGAGGACUAUUACUAUCAUCAUAGUAACAACGACGGUACCAACAAUGGCGACUAUCAAAGACGUUACAUCGAUACUCAUAUACCGUAUGAAGAUAUCAAUUGGAUACAAUUCUUUCAGAUUGAUACCGAGUUGAAGGAUAUUUCAAACAUUUUAAUCGACUCUUUAUCCACUCAAGACACAUUGCAAGGCUUAAGAGAUAUGAUUACUUUCAUAGCGACUAAUUUAAUCACAGAUCCACAAAUUCAAGAGUUACAGCCAUACUACAAUGUAAUGGUUUCAAAGAAGGAUAUCUAUUUGGGUGAGAAAUCUAUCACUACCACUCUACCCUUUCAUCGUUUUUUGGGUGUAACCACUCAUAAGGUCAUCCAAUUGUAUAGUGGAAUGGUGACAAUUAAAGAGUUGCUUCCAAUUGAUUUCAAUUGUUUUGCUUUCCUCUAUCCUUUGUUAAAUGCUAAUGUUUACACUCAACAAGUCAAUUCCAAUUAUUGGGUUAGAAAUGGUGAUGUCAAUGUAAAGAAGAAGGCAUAUGUUUACUCUUUGUUCUUUUUGGAAAUGGAUUUAUCAUUGAUUCAAAUGAUCGCCUCUCUUAUAAAUGUAAACGAUUUUUGUAUUUUCACUUCAAAGGAGUUUGGUGCCCUCUUACCAUACGGUUCAACCACUGUCAUUGGAGGUAAUGAGAAAAACAAUUUAUUUAGACCAUCUUCAAAUGUUUCACUCUCUUCCAAUCAUCAUAGAUAUAGUCAUUUCUUAAAGUUUAUAAUCGAGGUACUACAAGAACGUCUUUUCUUUAUGACACCAGAUCAACACACAAAAUACACUUUGAUUCAAAUACUUUGUUCAAAACCAAAAACUCAUAGUCAAAUUGAUUCCGUUAUGAAUUAUGUUGAGCGUGAACUCAAGUAUGAACAUAUUCUAAAGGAGAUCUCUGAUGAAAUUCCACCUUCUGGUGAUAAUCCUACAAACUAUAAAAUGAAGAAUGAAUUUUGGAAGAAUUUCAAUCUCUACUAUCCAAUUUAUACUCCUUAUAUUUUGGGUGAAGAAUCACUUCAAGCAUUUUUUGAAUAUAAAAAACAAUUAAAAAUUUCUUAUCAAAAUUCUUUACCAAUGCCACCAAAAUAUGAAAAUUUAUCUUCAAUUGAAUUUGAAAAAUCAUCACCAUCAUCAUCGUCAUCAUCAUCGUCAUCAUCAUCAUCAUCGUCAUCAUCAUCAACACCAAAAAUAAUAGAAGAAUCUGUGGAUGAUAAUUUUCCAACUACAACAACAACAACCACAACAUCCACUGCAACUACUACAAUCACAACUACAAAUAAUAAUAAUAAUAAUAUUAUUAUUAAAAAAGAUAAUGAUCAAAUUAAAUUCUUUGAAAUUAUGAAUUCAGAUUAUUUACAUUUUAUGAUUACAAAUAUUUUGUUAUCAUUCAUUCAAGGUAGAGAAACAAAUGAAAUUGGUUGUGGUAUAAAUGAUGCAUUUUAUUUAUUAGUUUUAAUUUUAGAGAAUAAAAUUAAAUUAAAAUCAUCAUCGUCAUCAUCAACAACAACAACAACAGAAUUAAUAAAAACUGAAAUACCAUGGACAAUUUUAGAUCAACCAUUAAAUUCAUUUUCAACUUAUGGUGAUGCAAUUUUAUGUAUACUUCAAAAGUUUAAUUUCUUUGGUAUUGGUAGAUCAACAUUAGAUGUUUUGUUAGAGUAUUAUCAAGAAUCUUAUACCAAUAAUAUUUAUUUAGAUAAAAAGGAAUACAUUGAUAAAUGUUUAUCAAUACUUUAUAAUAUUGAUGAAUCUAUAGCAAAAAGAAUAAAAACAAGAUCACCAACUUUUUCACCAAUUAAAAAUUUAUCACUAAAUAGUGAUGGUAGCGUCAUUUCUUCAAAUGAUGAUAAUAGUAACAGCAACAACAACAACAACAACAACAACAACAGCAAUAAUAAUGGUGGUAAUCAAAAUAAUAAUCAAAAUAAUAAUAGCAAUGAAGAUGAUGGUGAUGAAAAUAAUAGUGGUAAACGUGAUAAUGAAAAGAAAUUAAAGGAUGCAAAGAAACGUCAAGCUGAAAUUAUGGCAAAAUUUGCAAAACAACAAACUCAAUUCCUUCAAAAUGUAGAUGAUUUAGGUUAUGAUGAAGAUGACGAUGAAAUGGAUUAUAGCUAUAGCGCGCAUAAUAGUGGUAAAAAGAAUAAACAAACUCCAAUUUCAUCACCUGGAAAAACCACUUCCACCACUGCAACAUCUUCACCAUCACCAUUUGUUAAUAGUAGUAGUAGUAGUAAUGGAUUUGAAUCAAUUUCAAAGAGUAAAGAAAUAUUCAAUGAUAAUAUAAAGAAUCAAAGUUGUGUAUUGUGUUAUGAAUCUCAUAUUAGUGAUUCUGAUCCAUUAUCAUUGAUCUCAUUCCUUCAACCAAGUAAAAUGAUAGCAUACUCCAAGUGUCAAUACGUUGAAAGAAAGUACCCCGAAUUAACAAAGUAUGAUUUCUUUGUUGGUAGUGAACCAACCUAUUACAAUUUCCCACAAAAGAGAGAUAUGAAUACUUUAAACUAUAUGUCAUCAUUACACAUUCGUAGUUGUGGUCAUUAUAUUCAUAAGAAAUGUCAUUCAAUUUACUUUUUAAAGGUACUCACUCAAGAACAGGAUGAAAACUUUAAACCAUCUCUCAAGGAAUUCUUAUGUCCAUUAUGUAGAAGAGUUGCUAAUAUCAUUAUGCCAACCUAUACUGAAUCAUCAGUGACAUGUUCUCCAAUCAUCUCUUAUUUUGAUAUUACCAAUAGUACUAAUAAUAAUAAUAAUAAUUCAAAUAAUAAUCUAAAUAAUAAUCUAAAUAAUAAUAAUAAUAAUAAUAAUAAUAAUAGUAAUAGUAAUAAUAAUAAUAUUAGUGGUAGCAAUGGUUUAACAAAUAGUAAUGGUAUUGGAAGUAGUAGUAAUAGUGUUAACAAUAGUCCAAAUUUUGGUGGUAAUGCCAAUAAUCUAUCUAUUUGGGUCGAUUCAUUAAAAAAGAGAUUAAAAGAUUUAGUAGUCAUUGAACCAAGAAGUAAACUAUUUUUCUCUGAUUGGUUAUCAACUUUAAUACCUUCAAUGAUUGAAGGUAUUACACCAUGGGUACUUUAUCAAAUUGUUUCAAAAAAUAUUGAAUUUUUAGAAUUAGCUUCAAGAUUAGUUGAAUUAUCACCAUCAUCAUCAUCAAAUAAUAAUAAUAAUAGUAAUAAUAAUAAUAAUAAUAAUAAUAAUAAUAAUAAUAAUAAUAAUAAUAAUAAUAAUAAUAAUAAUAAAAAGACAACAUAUCCAAUUGGAAAUGAAUUAUUUAGUAGAGAUAUGUUAACAAUUCAUACAUUAUUUAAUUUAAUUGGUUCAUUAAAUCAAUCUUCAAUUGAUAUUGAUAUAAUCAAAGGUAAAUCUGGAUCAAUUUUAUCGGUUGAUCCAUUUUCAUUAUUCAUUGUUUUAGUUUCAAUAUUGGGUACACCAACAAAUCAAGAUGUUGAAAUCAUUACAACUUUGGUUUUAAAUUUAUUCAUUACUCAAUUUUAUUUAACAAAUUUAUAUUUAGAAAAAGAAAUUAAUAAAAAACAAGUUAAAUCAAUAUCACAAAUUUUUCAACAAACAUAUACAGCAGCAUCAACAUCAACAUUAAGAAUGAAAUAUGAAGAUAGAUUAAAGAAAGUUAUGGAACCAUUAGCAAGAUGUUUGUACAUUGCAUAUCAAUUCUUACAACCACCUCAAAUUAGUGGUGAUGGUAUAAACUAUAUAAACAGAGAAGACCUUACCAAUAAGGAAAAGAUUUACUCAAGAUUAGGUAUAAAUUCAAUGGAAGAAAUAGUCAAUAGAGCAUUAUUUAACAAUCCAUACUUGAGUCAAUGGUUAUCACAAAUGGAGAGUAAGAAAGUGGAUCCAUUCUUUAUUGUAGAAUAUAGACGUCCAAAAUUCAUAACACUUCCAGAGAGUUUUGAAGACUUUUUCGUUUCAAGUGCCCAAAGAGAAUGUAUGAAUUGUAAGACUAAACCAGAGUUUUCUGCAGUUUGCUUACUUUGUAAUCAAUUGGUAUGCUCUCAUAGGAGCGAAUGUUGUAAUGAUGAUGAUAAACAUUAUAACAUAUCCGAAGGCUAUAAACAUACUUUGAAAUGUGGCAGUUUUAAGGUUGGUUUCUUUUUAGAAACUAAAGCUCCUCGAAUCGAUAUCCUACGUGAUCAUAGAAAGAGUAUUUUUAAUAAUGGUUACCUCGAUCAAUAUGGUGAAUCCGAUCCAACUUUGGAUCGUGGUAAACCAUUAUUAAGAAAUGAUAAUAACUUUCAAGAUCUUUGGAAUUGUUGGAUUACUCAUUCAAUUGAGGAUCGUUUCCUUUCAAACUCAACACUUUCUUCUAGAACUUUUUAA